AGACCAGACGGACUUGUGCGCAAUUUAACACACGUAAACACGGGAAAAUAUAUUCUAUACAAAUACAAUAUGAAAUAUAAGUGUUUAUAUUUUCAAACAUCUUACAGUUAUUAAAAAAACGUUUUAAAAACAAAAGAAUGUGUAAACUGUAGCAUGAAGUGUAUUAAAAGUUAACAAAAAAGACUCGCAGUGAUAUUUUUUGUCGUAAUUGUCUCGGUGGUUUUGGCCACUGAAGAUUCAAUGACUGAAACAUCAAUAUCUCAGGGAACAACACCACCAGUGAAAUUGGAUAAAACUCUUCGGAGAGCACUUUUGAGGGCUCUAACCGAUUUGGAGACGGAAUCUGCCGAGCAGCAUGCGAGCAACAAUUCAGAAGAAAACCAAACCGAUGAUGAGAAUUUCAAGAAAAAUGAGAGAAAGGAGGAGGAAAAUUUUGGAAAAUCGACAUUUUCGUUUAAUCAUUUCUCCGGAGAUGACGAAACCAGUGAUGAGGAGAAAUUGCAGAAUUCAACUUUUAUUGAAAUUGAAAAAUUCGUCUCUUCUGAUUCUCCAGUUACAUUGAGGACAAUUAUCGAUAAACCGAGACAUUUUAUCAAGGUUACGAAUGCAAUUUCUCCCGCGAACUUGUCAUCGAAGCAAAAGCAGGAUAAGACGACAGAAUUGAGGAAUUUAAAAUCCUCGAGUCCUUCUUCGGCCAACGAAAUUGAAACCGUGACUUUAAAAUCUACAACACAAUUCACAGAGACUCUCAUAAGGAGCGAAAGUAGUGGUAUCGUGGCCGCCAAUGCUCUUGUCGCACCGAGACCAACAGUCCCGAGUCCCACGGUGCAGCCCGCGACAAACACUUCCUCCAGAAAUGCCGCCACCACCACCAAGCCAAACAAGGAAGAUGACGUCGAGGAUGUUAAAAUAUUUCAAGCGCCCCUAGUCGCCGCCUUCACCGUCCAACAGGACGAGAGAGGAAUUCCCAAAAGUGUCGUUCCAAUUUAUCGACCAUCCGGCGACGGUCAAGCACUAACCCUCCAAGAGCAAUUGGACUUCAAGCAAAAAUUACUCGAAAAACAACUCGCCGAUCUUCAGCAGCAACAAAUUCAGCAGACACAAUUUUUACUCAGACAGCAGCAAGCUUACGAAGAACGAGUUCGACAGAAACAGCAACAAGAGAUCUACAGUCAGGAGCAAGCGAGACUCAAGCGUCUUCAGGAGCAAACCAGACUCAAGCAGAUUGACGAGCAGAGACAAAAGCAAUUCGAAGAGCAGAGACAAAAACAAUUCGAAGACCAGAGACAAAAACAAUUCGAAGAGCAGAGACAAAAACAAUUCGAAGAGCAGAGACAAAAACAAUUCGAGGAGCAGAGACAAAAACAAUUCGAAGAACACGUUCGUUUGAAGCAAUUAGAGGAGCAGCGAAUCUAUCAACAACGUCUUCAAUUACAACAACAACAGCACAAUUUUCAUCAACUCCAACAGCAACAAUUGCCGAUUGAACAGAACAAUAUUUUGCCAUUUAAGCAACAGUUGAAGAACAACAAUGUUCGACUUCAGCCAAGUAUUGCUUUGGAAUUACCGCAAAAUAUUCCGGCAAUUCCAUUCCAAUUUCAGGAUCAAUUACGCGUUCAACAACACAGACAACAAUUGCAAUUUCAUCAGCAGCAAAAUUUCCUUCAACCAUUCCAACAGCAACAACUUCCACCGAAGCAACAGCCGCCACAGAAACUCCAGCAACAGGCAUUUGCUCCCUACUCGUCUGAUUUUCAACCACCGAUUGUCCCUCCCACAAGAUUUAAUCGCCAAGAGGGAUUCGGAUCAGUGGGCAAUUUUGGUUUUAACGUAGACAAUGGAUCAUCAAAUAGAAAUACCUUCAACUACAAUUUAAAUCAACAGAGAAGUCCAACAUCAUCGAAUUUCGAUCAAUUCGGACAAUUUCGUCAAGCAAGACAACCAACACCGGCAAAACAAAUACAAAAUCUCCUCUAUCAAUCGGGAAUUGCGAAUGAAUUGCAAAAUGGUAUUCAAGGUUUUCCGGGUUCGCAAGAAGACUUGAAUAUCGUCUCGAAAGUAUUGGCCUUGAACGUGGGUGCGGUACCAUUAAAUACGAACAAUGUUCAAUUCGAUGUCAGUCAACAACGUGCGAUUGCUUAUAAUAGAGCGCCAAGUGUCGCGUGAACUAAAAGGUCCUCAACCUCCAUUUUAUAAGCGAUCCUUUUUUUGCCAAGUCAUGUAAAUUGCUAUACGAGCUGAUGAUAUUAAUAAGGUGAAAUCGAGUUCUCUCUCAUUCUCACUCUCUAGAAAACAUUUAUACAUAUAUGUAUAUUUACCGCUCACGUCGGAGCCACUAUAUGCUCAUCUUAUAUGCUAAGAGUGUCGUUCCGUGCCUUCCAACUAUACUCAGAUGUCUUUUAUGACUUGAGAAUGUCUUCAAGCACUUGCCGACAACUGUAUCCGUGACUGAUUAAUCGACGGCUGAUGUUCUAUUGUAGAAUACGAUCACCGACAAGUGCUCAUCAUUUAAAUUUACCCAAGGCUAUUUUAUAAAACUUAACUGUCAGAAAUAAAACUGCUCAUUGUCAUUUCUUUCAAUGAAUUAUUUUUUUAUAAAUUUAUUUUACUGCUAUUGAUACGGUUUUAAAUCGAGAAAAUUUCGAGCAGAAAAAUUGACUAGCAAUAUUUUUCUUUAAAAAAAAGGGGGAAAGGAUAAACGAGAAAAUUAAAAAUACAGAAUGUACUAAACAAAAAAAUUAAAGAAAUAGAAUCAAUCGAAAAAAUCGAAUUCUAUCAAAACAAAUCAAAAAGAAAAUUAAAAAUAAAGAAGUGUAAUAGUCCAAAUAUUGUAAAAUUCAUUCCUUGACAAAUUUUCUCUUUAGAGAAAAAAGGAAGAUUUUAUUUAAAAAAAACCUGAUAAAAUUCCCUUUUUUUAGAGGAAAAGGAGCAGUUUCUGUUUUAAAAAAGCUGAUGAAGAUGAAGAAUAAAUUUUAAAAAAGUAAAAUAUCUUCUAUAUUAAAUUUCUCUUGGAGAUAAAAAGAAGAUUAAAAAAUCAUUUUAAACUUUAAAGAGAAUAUAAUUUUUUUUCUGUGGCAAAAACUUCCUUUGGGCAUAUGUUUUUCUAGAUGGAAAGCAAUUAAUUCCUUAAACGAAGAGUAAUAAUAUUAAUUAUACGACGUGAUUAUCGGCCACGAAUCAAAGAAGUUUAGUACAGUAGGAAAUAAUCUUGUUGAACUGAAAAAUAAUUUAUAUAGUUACCACACUUGCAAUAUUGUGAGUAAGGUAAAAAAAAGGAGAACUCUUCCAAGAAUGGAAGAUAUACACAAGAGUCGUUUGUUGCGCAAUUGUUAUACAUUAUUGCGACACUAAUUUUGUAUAUAAUGCACGAUCCCAUGUAGCUCUCAUUUCACGUCUAUAUUAUAUACUUGGUCCCUCUAUUUUCUUCCAAUUCAAAUUGCCUGGUUUAUUACUAAUUAGACUGACAGUAAUUUUACCUACUAGAGAAAUGGGCAAUAAUACACAAAGCAAACAUUUUCAAUCAGCGAAUUUUUUUUUCUUCUUUGAUGAGACUAUUUUCUUUUCUUUCUUUUUCUUUUUUUCUUUUUUUUUUGUUUUAUUGUGGUCAUAACUUCCAAUGAAAGUUUAUGUAAAAAAAUGUUACAAUUCUUAUAUAAUAUACACUUUAGUUUCUUCUUAAUUAUAAAGAAAAAAAUAUUUUAACUUUAAAAGAUAGUAUUUUUUUUAAUUGAUUUCAAUUAAACAAUUUUGAACAGUUUCCGUUUUGUCUUGUAAUGAUAAAUUUCUUUUUUACUUUUCAAUAC